CCGCGCUGGAGAGCGGGUAGGUUUAAAACGCUGUCUUAGUUCCGUAGAAAGCAGCCCACCUGCGGCCAGACAGAGUCACAGGCGGACAGACGGACUGUGGGGUGCAUAUGGAAACUACAAUGUCCAGACCAGUCCUCUGUCCAGCCCGCAUCAAUGCUACAGCUUCUGAAACAUUCAUGGUACUUCAGCAAAGGAUGAGAAUAGUUGAGGAACAGACCAGUUCUCUGAGGAAUGACCUAAUAAUGUUGGACUUUGGUGAAAAAAGAGGCCACUUGCAAACUCCAAAAUGUUUAGAGGAGCCUGUGAGCCAGAACAUCAUUAGCCCUAUCCAGAAUGAAAUAAUUUGUUCAGGAAAAACAGAUAUUUUAUGGAAGAACUGUGAGUUUCUGGUAAAUUGAAUGUGCCGUCUGGAAAGCCUCAUCCAGUCCUUGAAGAUGAACAUCUGUCUGCAAACUGAAAAAGAUUUGAACCCACAGAAAACAGAUUUUCUGAAGGAAAAACUGAAACAGGAGGAGCAUUCCAGGGACCUGAAGCUGUUGCAACUGGAAGUGAUGAAUUUGCGCCAGCAACUAAGAGAUGUAAAAGAGAAAGAAGACAAGGCACAAGAUGAGGUGCAAAGGUUGACUGUGACUCUGCAGCUUGCCUCAGAGACAAAGAAGAAUGCAGCCAUUAUUGAAGAGGAACUGAAGACCACAAAAUGUAAAAUGAACCUUAAAAUUCAGGAGCUAAGGAGACAACUGUCUCAAGAGAAGCACCUAAGGGAAUCUGUUGAGAAACCUGGAUCAGCCAUGCUACUCAAAAUACAAGAAAUGGGAUCAACAGUGGAGGUGGAACGGAAACAGAAUAUACAGAUGUCUUUCAACAAGGAACAUGAAGAAAAUGCAUAUUUGAGGUCUGAAAUAAUAUCCCUUCAUGAAGCAUCAGAAGAAGCACAGGUUUUGAAUUACCAACUGACUAGAAAGUGUUCAGAGCUGAACAGAAUGCUUCAGACUGUUAGAAUGGAAAAUACCAGAAUCAUUGCUGACCACCAAGCCAUUCUGCAGGAAGAACAGAAAAUGAUGACACAGACAUUUCAAGAACAAAACUUACUGCUGGAUGCAGCCCAUGCCAGUAUCACAAAUGAGCUACAGACUGUUCAGAAUGAGAAAACACAACUCCAAAUGCAUCUGGACCAUUUAAUCCUUGAGCAUAACCAGUGUAUCCAGAAAGCACAGGAUGCUGAGAAGAGGGCAGCUGUACAAAAAGAGCUGCUAGAAUCAACUAUUGCAAGAUUGCGAAGUGAACUGGAAGCAUCAAUACAAGAGAAGACCUCUCUGCUAGAGGAGAAAGAAGGACUUCAGAGAGAGGUUAAUAAAACCGAGAAAGAAAUAGCAGAAGAAAAAUGCAACUUGGAAAAGGAAUUAGCUAAAAGCAAGCUUGCCCAACAGCAGGUGGAAAAUGUCUUGGGAAAAAUUACUGAGAGUAAAAAUAAACUGGCCUAUGAAAAGGGAAGACUACAGAUAAAAGUUAAGCAGCUAGAACAACUACAUUCUUUUACUGAAACCAGUUCACAGAACGACCAUCUACGGAAGUUCAGUAAGGCACUAGAGGGCAAAUAUGCUCAGGUGAAAUCCAUUCUUGAAAAGAAUGAAGGGGAGCUCUCACGAGUUGUGAAGGUUCGUGCUGCAGCCCUGAAAGAGACUCAGAAGUUGAAAGGUGACCUCGAAGCUUUGGAGGACAGGGGGAACAAGAAGGUGGGAAACUUUCAGCGACAACUGGCAGAAGCUAAAGAAGACAACUGCAAAGUUACAAUCAUGUUGGAGAAUGUGUUGGCUUCUUACAGUAAGAUGCAAGGCGCUCUGGAAAAAGUGCAAACAGAGCUUGGGCAGAGGGAUUCAGAGAUUGCAGGCCUCAAGAAAGAAAGGGCUCUACAUCAACAGCGGGUACAGAAGCUGGAAGCAGAAGCGGACCAGUGGCAGGCCAGAGUCCUUGUCGUGGAGGCCCAGCACAACAGUGAGAUGGAGCCUCUACAAAAAGCUCUAGAUGUAGCUAGAGAAGACAACAGGACACUGGCUAUGAGCCUGGAGCAAGCUCUCCAGACAAAUCAUCAUCUGCAAACAAAGCUUGAUCACGUUCAAGAGAAACUGGAAAGCAAAGAACUUGAGCGACAGACUUUGGAAACCUUCAAAGAACAGAUGAGUGAAGAAUCCAAAAUAGAAGCAGAACUGCAUGCUGAACGCAUAGAUGCUCUAAGAAAGCAGUUUCAAAUUGAGAGAGAAACUGCAAAGAAAGCAGCACAACGGGAAGUGACUGAGCUGAAGAAAGCCCUUGAUGAAGCCAACUUCAGAUCAGUGGAGGUAUCCCGGACCAACCGAGAGCUGCGGCAGAAACUUACAGAGUUGGAAAAGACACUGAACAGCAGCAAGGACAAAAUAAAGAGUCAAAAGGCCCAAAUUAAGCUCCACUUGUCAGCUAAGACGAAUAAUGCUCAGAAUACAGAGAGGAUGAAGCAAAUAGAAACAGAAUUGAGGCAAAUGGAGAUAAUUAAGGAUCAAUAUCAGAAAAAAAACUACGAACAGUCACUGAGUAUCCAGAAAUUUGUAUCUGAAAUGACUAACCUACAGAAGGAGAUGCAGCUGUUGGCCAAGAGCCAAUAUGAUCUGUCAGCUCGGAAUAAACAGCAAGAGCUGCGACUCGAGGCAGAGUGGAAGAGGAGGCGGGAGCUGGAGCGUCGGUGCCAGGAAUUGGAAGAAACUAUUAGACAUCUGAAGAAAUGUAAAGAGGCAACAGAGAAUAAACUGAAAGAAGCUAGUGUGGAAUCAGAACAGAUAACAGCUAACCUGGAAGAAGCUCAGCGCUGGUUUAACUGCAGACUCGAUGGCCUACAACUUGAGCUGACCAAAAACCGGUUGCAGAGGGAAGACAGGUGGCGGGAAAAGGACCAAGAUAAAAGGCACAACGGCGUAUCCAAUCAGUCUGCUCUACAUCGAUGGGAGAAUAAACAGAAUCUUAGACUUGUGCCCAAGAAGUGUCAUUCUGAACUAAAGAGAAAGUGAUGUCCUUGACAGAGGAGCUUCUUCACUUAGAACAGCUACAUCACCCUGAUUCCCUGAGCCCAGCAACUAGGGCUGGGCUGUUUCCAACGUCAUCAGAACAUGAAGUCUUUGAUGUGGACUGAAGAUUUUGGACCUGAGUUUAUCCUUUUAUGAACUCUUUGAUAUCAAUAUAGAACCACCCCAUCUUUUUUGUCCCUUUCCCCCCAAUAAAUUUAUAUUAAUGUGUUGUAUGA